ACAAGUCUUAACGUGAGCAGCCUAAACUCCACCUCUUUUUAUCAGACAUAAAGAGGAGGAUGGAUCAGAACUAAGGAGAUGACAAACCCGUACAUGUGCGGACCAUCAAAGUGCACAAUUUAAUGAAGUCUGCUCUAAGAUUCAUCUGCAGUCAUUUAUAAAAGGCUUAUUUCUGCACCUUUAACCAUAACAUAGACAUUUCAUCUGUCACAGAGCAUACGCGAUGGAUAAAAUGGACAAUGGUGGCAUCACAGAUAAUACAGAUUCCCAAAACAAACUGAACACGGAAGUCAAAGCUACUGUUCUACAAAAGGAUGUGGGUCUAGUAAGUGGGAUCUGCUUGAUCGUGGGGACAAUGAUUGGCUCGGGAAUCUUCAUCUCUCCCAAGGCUGUGCUGGAGGAAACAGGAGCAGUGGGACCAUGCCUGUGUGUGUGGGCAGCAUGUGGUGUGCUGGCUACUCUUGGGGCUCUUUGCUAUGCUGAGCUUGGCACCAUGAUAACAAAGUCAGGUGGUGAGUACCCGUACCUGAUGGAGAGUUUUGGACCCAUUCUUGCCUACCUUUACUCCUGGACGACCAUCUUAAUACUGAAGCCUUCAUCAUUGGCCAUCAUUGCCCUCAGCUGUGGAGAAUAUGCCUCUACGCCUUUUUACCCAGGGUGCACCCCGCCUGUGAUUAUCAGCAAAUGCCUGGCUGCUGCCUCCAUCUUGUUGCUUACAGUUGUGAACUGCUUAAGUGUGAAGCUGUCUAGCUAUGUGCAGAAUUUCUUCACUGCAGCCAAACUACUUAUCAUUGUCAUCAUAGUGGUUUCAGGCAUCGUUAUGCUGGCCAAAGGAAACACACAGAAUCUGCAAAAUGCAUUUGAAGGAGGAACAACUUCAUUUGGGGCAAUCGGACUUGCAUUUUACAAUGGUCUUUGGGCGUAUGAUGGAUGGAAUCAGCUGAACUUCAUUACAGAAGAGCUCAAAGAUCCAUAUAGGAACCUUCCCUUGGCCAUUGUCAUCGGGAUUCCUUUAGUGUCAGUGUGCUAUGUGUUGGUCAAUAUUGCAUACUUUAGUGUAUUGACACCUACAGAACUACUUCAGUCUUCUGCUGUUGCUGUGACCUUUGGGGACAGAGUGCUGUACCCAUUGUCAUGGGUGGUGCCGUUGUUUGUGGUCUUCUCCACUUUCGGAGCUGCUAAUGGAAGCUGCUUUACAGCUGGAAGGCUGACUUAUGUGGCUGGACGUGAAGGACACAUGGUGAAGAUUCUUUCCUAUAUCAGUCUGAAACAUUAUACCCCUGCACCAGCACUCAUCUUUAAUGCACUUUUGAGUGUCUGCUAUGUAAUUCCAGCAGACAUCAACUCUCUCAUUAACUACUUCAGCUUUGCUCAGUGGGCUUUCUAUGGGCUUACUGCCCUCUCUCUCAUCGUCAUGCGCUUCACAAAAAAAGAGUUACACAGACCUGUGAAGGUGCCCAUAGUUAUCCCUGCUGUGGUGGUGGUUGUUGCCUGUUACCUGGUUUUGGCUCCAAUCAUUGAGAAACCUGAGAUUGAGUAUCUGUACUGCGCAGUGUUCAUCUUGAGUGGACUGAUUAUUUACUUUCCCUUUGUGUACUACAAGUUUGGCUGGACCCGCAAAAUCAUGACUCCCCUCACCAUGCAUCUUCAGCUGCUAAUGGAAGUUGUACCACCAGAGAAGAUAGAGUGAAGAAUAUCAUCAAUAAAAGGACCAGAUACUAUCAUCCGAUGACUGAUUAGUAAUAAUAUUGUUUCAGACUUUUAAAAGGGAAUCAUUUAAAAAGUUAUGACGCUAACUGCCAAGGCAUUUUUCUGAUUAGAUUCAUGGGCCUUAUUUAUCAAUCUUUUAGUAAAUUUGUGUGUAAAUGUUUGCAUAGGCUAAACUGAAGAAAGAUUUUCCACUGGAUUUACAGAAGUUUCAGAAACACAGAUUUUUUAAUAUUUGUUUUAUGUUGAUCAUACAUAAGGUGCAAAGCUCAUUUGCAUUUCAAGAUUCAAGAUUCAAAGAACUUUAUUAAUCCCAGGGGGAAAUUGCCUAAAUUUAGUGAUGCCCAUAAAACUCCAAAAAAGUUCAAGUGCACAGAGGGCUGGAGACACGAGAAGACUACUAAACAGGGAAAGAUAAAGCAGAAAUGCAGAAGUGGAAGUUAUUCUGACUUUUUAAUGCCAAAAAAAAGCAAUGCAACAGCACCAGAACAGGUCAAAAUCUAGAGACAAAUUUCAAAAAAGGUGAAUUAGGUGUCAAUUAAAUGAGGUGAAAAAAAAAAUGGACGAGAAAACAGGAUCUACACUGUACCCAGAUGAUCAUGGACACCAAGAAUGUGA